AUGUUUGGUAAACUAUUUUUAUUAUCAUCAAUUAUCUGCGUACUUUUUCGAAUUUCUCGAUGUCAACAAAUUGAUUUGAAUAUUUGUCCAAAUGGUCUUACACCGUCACCAACAGACCCGAAAUGGCCUACAACAAUUCCGAAUCAUUUUGAAAUUUUCAGUGAAAUUACAACAGAUAUUGCAACUUUUGAAGUUACGCAAUCAUUUGUUGAAUCUCGUAGAGAUCAUAUUCAUUUUCGUACUUAUGAGAAAAAUCUAGAAGUAUAUUAUGAUUUCGAUACAAACGAAAUAUUUACUAUCAAUGAUGAUUUACAAUGUGCUCGUUCGGAAAUACAACCAAAUGAAAAUUUCCCAUUUAUUACUAGUCAAUAUCUUAAACCAUCGAUUUUAUUAGGGUUCGAUGGACGAAAUAAUAAUAAUAUUGGAUUUUUUACACGAUAUAUUGGAGAACAGACGAUUCAUGGUGGAAUUUUAACAGAAAAAUUUCAAUCAUGUUUUUAUAUAUAUCAAGGAAAUUUAACAAUUAAUGCAACUUAUUAUUUAACUGCGUUGCCACCAAAUGAAGCGAAUAUACAUCGGAUAUCUGAUUUAGUUCAAAUCGAUGUUCGAUCAAAUAAUUAUCCAUAUACAUUGAAUAUUAUUCGUUAUGUAUCCAAUCCUUCAUCUACUCUAACAACACCAUCAGGUGUAUACUGUCCAAAUCGAAUACAAACUAAAGAAUUUCCUAACAAUUUACCAUCACGUUUAUCAUUACAUUCUGAAGCUUAUACAAUUAAAAAUACGGAUAUCCCAUCAAGAAUUGAAACAUACAAUCGUCUUAUUGAUGAAACAUUAAAAUUCGAGAGAAUCGAUUAUGAUUUAGGUGUGGCGUUAAAACCGAUGUUACCCGAUACAGCAUUCGUUGAUUAUGCAUAUAAUUUAACGUAUAUGUAUACACGUGCAACAGAGCAAUGCACAGUACAGAAUGCCAAUGCUAAUCCAAUGGAAACAGUAACUGAAAUAUUAUUUCAAUUCGGUGCUCUUGGUGAUUCGAUUAAAUUUCAAUACACUGGAUUAACUACUUGUGGACGUAAACAUCUUCAAUGUUAUAGAUGGAUUGGUCAACGUAAUAUAAAUAAUGUCAUUCAACAAUAUGAAUGGUAUUGGAGUGCAAAAUAUAAUGAAAUAGAUUUGUCAGAAUUUAUUCCGAUUAAAGUUAAUGUGAUGACAACAUCGGUAGUAGGACCACCAAAAGUCACCAAUCAAGAAAUAAGUUUCUUCAACUAUAAUCCUCGACCGAAUUCAAUGGAAGCUAUUGACUCAACAAUUAGCAAAUGUUAUCGAGCAUUAGGACCAAGUAAGAAUUAUAAUUAUGCUAUUCUUCGUAUGACGCUAAACAAUGAUGAUAAAUAUCCAGUUCAUCAAUAUUUACUAUCGCUUCAAAAUCGUGUUCACAUGCAAUUAGCAAAUGAUCUUAAAAUUCGUCAUGUUCGUCUAUCAUCAUUUGUUAUUGAUGCAACACGUGAUACAACUGAUCAUCAAGAUAAAGAUGUUUAUAUUACAUUUACACUUCUUGACAAUCCACCGGCCUCGUCCGAUUCUCUUAAAGAAUCGUCAUCACUUGAAUUGAUACGAAAAUUAGCUAGACAAAUAAAUGAUGGAAAUUUUCAUGUACGAGAUUCUGAUGGAGCUUUUGAUUUACAAGCUCGACCGAAUAGUCUACGAACAUUGGUACUUUAUUUAUUACCAUCAGAAAAUCACACAAAUUAUUUUAAUGAAACAGUAUUUGUUUAUCAAAAUGUUACACAAACAAUUAUUAAACAACGACAGAAAUUAGUUUAUAAAAGUACAGGUCCACAAAUAGCUGCUUUAUGGACGGGCUUUACUUUACUAGGUGUUAUUGUUGCAUUGGCUAUAGGCUCAUUCAUUGCAAUAAGAAAAUGGACACCGAUUAUUGAUUAUCAAAGAACAUAA